AUGUCAUUUUUUAUUUUGUUUUUGUUUUUUUUUUCGUUUUUUAUAAACUAUAAUAAUCCACACAUAUUUUAUAAUGACAAUCCAAAAUUAAAAGUAUUGUUUGAUCGCAUUUGCCAUAAAAUAUUUUCAUCUGAACAUAUCAGAAAUGUCAAUAGGAAAAAAAAUGGAAUAGUAAAAGGCUGUAUUUUUAAUGAAAAGGAAAUAGAAAAGAAAAAAAAUUCAAGUACAUUUGAAUGCAUAAAUCAAAAGUUGUUAAAAAAUAGUAAAAUGUUAUUUUACUUUUGGUCUAAUAAUUUACAGAAAAUAAGAGUUAAUGAAAUAAUGGAAAAAGAAAAAAUAUUUAUUGACCUAGAUGAAGAACAUAAUUAUUUAAAAAAAGAAAAUAUACAUGAAUUAAAUUAUAUUGAUUUAUCAACUUUUCAUACAUAUUGUUCAUUUUAUAAAUUAAGUGUACUAGAUUUAUUAUAUGAUGAUAAAAAAAUAAAUUAUUAUAGUAAAAGAUAUUUUAUAAAAACUGAUCAUUUAAAUAGUGAUCCAUUAAAUGAAAAUGCAACUAUUUUUAUUUGGGGUAAUAAAUAUAAAAAUUUACAAAAUUCAAAAAAUUAUAUUUAUAAAAAAUUUCAUAAUAUAUUAUACUAUUAUAUUACUAUCCUUAUUAACAAUAUAUUGAAUCAUACAUUUUAUUUUGUCUUUAAUAUAAAUAAAAAAAAUAAUUAUGAAAAUUUUAUUAUUUAUAAAAACAAAUAUAUAUAUCCAUUUAAAAAUAUUCAAAUUAAUUAUCAUAAAGACAAAUAUAUAAAUAAUAGUAUUUCUUUAAAAAAUACAAAACUACAUAAUAAUAAGGAAACAAUAUCUGAUUUUUACAUAGUGGAAAUUUGUCAUUCCUUAAAUGGUAUAACAUUCAAACAAAAUUAUAAUAUCUUAAAGAAAAAAUUAAACAACAUAUAUUUUAAUAUAGAAUUUGUUACAUAUAUAUUUCAAUUCCCUCCAGUAUUCUAUCACAUAAUAUUUAUUAUAUUAUUUUCACUACUAAUUACUUAUAUAUUCUAUAAAAUUUUUAUCAAAUAUAAAAGGUACAUAUGA